CAUCUCGUUUGAAUCCAUGGAUUUUCCUGAGGCUGCUGAAGAAACUGGAUUCCACCACCAGCAGUGUGAUUGUGUGUGUGUGUGUGUGUGCGAUACGAUCAAAAUUACCCACAAAACUGUUCAUUUCUCAAGUUAAAAUGCAUCCAGUGAGACUGUCGAUCCCUUCGUUCCGUUCAGAAAACAACUCGAUCGAGAAAGGAUACACGGUUUUCAGAAUUGACGUGCUGAUGAAUGGCAGACAACAUGCUGUUGAGAAACGCUACAGUGAAUUCCACACGUUGCAUAAAAUGCUAAAGAAGAGCAUAAAGCCGCCUGAGAUGCCCUCCAAACAUGUUAGAAACUGGGUUCCUAAAGUCCUGGAGCAGCGCAGGCACGGUCUGGAGCUCUACCUGCAGUCUAUAAUUAUGGAAAAUGGAGUCCUUCCAAAGGUAUUCCUGGAUUUCCUGAAUAUCCGACAUUUUCCAUCAGUGCCAAAAACCGAAAGCUGUGGCUCGUUUGAUACAGAAUCAGAGGAAUCAAGUAAACUUUCACAUCAGCCAGUCCUGCUGUUUCUGAGAGACCCCUACCUGCUGCCAUCUGCUCACGAUGCAUUUUCAAAUGUUGUGAUUGAAGGUGUGGUGCAUGGAGUUUUCUACCCAGAUCUUCAACCCAGGUAGAGCUGCAGAGCUGAUCUGAGGCACGGCACUGCAACAGGAGGGACGUUACCUGUUAGCAUAAACUGAGCCGCAUUUUUAAAGCAGAAAACAAAAAAUCCAUACAUUUACUUUCUUCUCUGGACAAAACACUAGCACCAGUUACCAUUCAAUUUAAUAAAAGCAAUACUGACUAAUAUUGAAAUGAAUAUGAAUCCUGAGAAAAUUAUACAAGCAAACAAUUUUAGUCGGCUAACAUUUUUGAAACAGUUUGCCCGGUUAAUGUAGAGGUCUUGGAGCUGUGAAGUUAAAUUAUAUUCUGAUUAUAGCAUGAAAUGUACCUCAUAUUUUCAUUCUUUCUUAAAAAAGCAUUGAGAAAUAACUAACAGGAUAAACUGGAAAUAGAGAUACGAGUCAGAUCAAAGAGAGGGUGCUUUUUUGAGCACAUAAUUAGAAGUUGAGACUCUGGGGAAGGAGAUGCGAAUGCCAGCUGGACUAAAGGUUAGUUUUCCAGACUGAGAGGAGGCUGUGAGCACAAACACAGGGCUGGAGUGUGGAGCUGGAUCACAGCCUGCCAGCAGAGAGGUGCCACUCCCUUUGAAGCACCAUGACUGUGGUUUCUGAAUUUGUUCUGAGCUGCCAAAUUAAGCCCUCUGAAUGAGAGCCGGGCAACAGCCUCGAGUGUGUUUUUGUGGGAGCUGACAGCUAUGUGCCACAUGUUAGGGUGGAAAUACUUGGAGUUGUGAUGUGGACCUGGUUUAUUAAACAUCAGUACUGUCGUUUUUACAGUGGUAAUAGUAGAGGGGAAGCUCAGUUUGGUGAGGUGAUGUAACCACAACAGACAGAAACAUGUGGCACCCCAUGUGAGUUCCACUGAGUCAGCACUUCACUCCUAUUUCAUUGUCAGAUAUAUGAUAAAGAAUCAAAGCAGCUGAACCAGCGAAAUGACCUUCUUUAUCUUAUGAUUUCUUCUUCCCUUCCUGGCAGCUACAUUACCCACAAUGCUAAUCAACCAUUGGCAGUUUGGUCGUAGAUUCAGGUGUGUUGUGCUUGCUUGAGCGUAUGUAUCCUCGUCAGAGAACUGUGAGCUCACAUCUCUCUGACCUCCAGAUUCUUUGAUUUGUAGUCCUCAACGUGACAUCCCUUGAGGUGAGUUUUCAGAUUGGGCACAGCUCUCUGGGGCAACAAAAAGCCUUAAACAAUGUUUUUCACUUAUGCAGUAUUACUCCCCAAGACCUGUGAACAGACUUUGGAGUGUUAAAUCAGUAAAGGCCCCCUCUAGGAGAAGAUAAGGAGACACUUGAGGGUGGUUCUUUGGUUCAAAUUUCUGCAUCCUCCCGUGCAAAUAUGUUUGAGAAAAGAAAACAAUUAGUCCUUAGCCUCUAUGAACAGAUAACAGGGUGUAAGCUGUUUGUUGAUGUCCUACAGCACAUGCCAAAUCCAAACACAACAUUUAGAAAUUGUUCCGGUAUGUGCAAAUGAUAUAAAAGAACAACAGUUUUUAAUCAAAAUCCUUCUUGUUACCUCCUAGAGCUGACAUGAGCCUGUUUCUGUUUAUUCGUAUUGUCCCCAAAACAUGCAUGCUGCAGACUCCGCAAACACACACAUUUGUUAGGAGCUCCUGCUAAGUCUGAAAACACUUGCAAAAGGUCAGUAUGUGACACUAAAAGCAGUCAUGUUCAGUUUAAUGUCAAACUUACACUAUAUAUAUAAGGCCAGUUUUCCACUUGUGGUGAUUAGUCACCCAUCAUGUAAAGGGAAAGCAUUUUUAAAAUGAGAGGUGGUGAUUUAAAGGACUUUAAACACUGUGCAAUAUUAAAUUAAAUACAGGUUGUCUUGGUAUACUUUCUUGUACAGAACAAACCAUCUGGAUACUUGAAACGCCUCGUAGCUUUUGUGAGACAAUAUGUUGCACGUCGCUUUUUUGCAGUUAUCGAUGACACUUUGAUGUGACUGGACCUCCACUACAGCACAGUAAUGACUACAUAUUUAUACUGAAUAAGAUGUGCAUUAACGUCAACUAAACAGACCAUGAUUUUAUGUUUUAACAAAUUAUUUCCUAGAGAUCCAUCCUGUAGAUUUAUAUAUGUAUUUAUAUUGUGUAACAUUGUAUUAUUUGUGCUCUGACUAUGUGAAAAGUGUCAUUUAAGUGCCAUAAUGCCACCCUACAGUGAACACUGGAUUUACUGUAGCACUUUAAGAUGCGCGACAUGUAAAAUACUGACACCAAUAAAAUGAAUUAUUUCCACAAAA